CUCUUCAUGCACAACGUCUCUACAUGUCUUCUACUUUGCAAAGAGACAAUAUGUGGCGGAUGCUGAUGUGCCUAGGUGCUCUCGCGUCCGCCUCAGCAGGGGACUGUCGGUCCCUCUUCCUAUUCGUCACAGACAAUGGAUACAUUCAGGGUCGUUUUACUGGGACAAUGGAAGCAGAAAAUGGAUACAUUCAAACGGAAUGUGGACUCGAGUGUUCUUGUUAUGACAAUGUUUUCCUAUGUUGCAGUGACGCGGACUGCAUCCACAUGAACCACGCCUGCCCAGCAGACACCUACAUCGCUAACGUUCCACCAGAGGCUCCGGCAGUGGAACCGGCCCACGGCACCAUUACAGUUCUACCACACAUCGUGUCGGAUCCGAGCAAAGUAACUCAACGUCAUUCAGACACCAUCCUCAUCCCCAGUCAGAGCUCUGCUCCUCAGUCAACACAGGAUGUCAAGUAUGUGCCAGAGAGAGGACAUGGCCCAGGGGAUGACCAUGGCGAGGUUGGUCGAGUAAAGGAGGUGCUGGCUCUAGCUUCAGAUGUUCCUCCACACGGAGGUGCUCGCCAUCCCACAGGCCACACUGACACGACGAUUCUGCCACGCCACAUACACAUGUUGAGAGCACUCAGACUUCGUGUGGACCGCGGCAGGAGAUUGGAAGCACCAUUGAUGCAGAUCAUAUUAAAAAAGUGAUCAGUUGUCAAGACAACCUGGACACAUUCUUCUAAGACAGAUCGCGCUAAGCCGAAUUGACGAAAUUUCAAAGUUUGCAAAGCCAUCCAUGAUAUACAUUAGCAUUUGUGGUAUAUGGGUCUUGUUUGCACAAUGACACGCGUCCGUGUAGCAUUUAUCUAUGUUUUGGCCUUUUGGAGUGUGUUCAGAUUUAAGAAAAUAAUAAGUCUAGUUUGUUGAUUUCUUAUGGGAUUUUGUGUGAAAUUCUAGAACAAUAUCUCUAACAAUUUUCCUUUUACCCUUUAACGGCUGUGUGUGUGCGUGUG